AUGCUACGGUAUGUCUCGGGACCGAUCCUGGCUAUCAUUCUCAGCUUGCUACCCCAGCUUCGAUUCAACGUGUUUAUUGUACCUGAGCGCCGAGAUGACUGGAAGCAGCCAUAUACUCCCAAUGCGCUUCGAGGGACAACUGAGAAUGCAGAUGCGACAACAGCAGAGACUGGUAUGUCCAGUGAAGAUGCCGUCUUGUCGAAUAAGGGUGUUCAGUAA